GUCUUUAUAAUGCGUUUGUUCAUUCAAUCCGCGUUCUAACCCCACACGUGAGUACAGGGACCUCCACAAUGUCUUCGUACUACUCUUCGUAUUUGAUAUGAGAAUUCACAAUGUACUAAUAUGUCACGUUGUGAAGAGUGAAUGAUCUCAUAUAUAUGCUCUUCAUAUCUCGAGAAUGUGGAAGUCCACCCCAGUUCCACUUCCCUUUUCCAUAACCACAUUUCUCUACCUUCAUCCCCUUCAGCACUUACACAAAGCCCCCACCCCCCAGUACCAACAACAUAGCAGGUACCAAGUCCUCACCGUUGCUCCAGGCCAUGCCAUCAGAACUAACCUUCUUCAGCUGCGGUCAUCACCGGCUGACCCCCGAUGACACCACGGCGGGCGAACAGAUCAAGAAGGGCAAUCCACGGAUCGCCCAUCACACGAUCUCUAGGCUUCCUUGCGAGUCCUGCUCUCGUAAAGACCUGCCCAACGAAGGAGACUCCGGAGAUCCCUAUCUCCUUUCCCUACCGCACCUCAGCUCAAUCUUCAUUGCUCAUGGCUACGGCCUGUCAUCCCGCUACGCGGCAGCCACUGCCGCUCCUAGGACUCCAGAGCAUGAAGAAGCUCGGCAGCACAUGGCUGAUGCAGUCCAAUCCUUCGCAGACUUGACAGAGCAAUACCUGAGCGGUAGGUCCCCAAAGCCGCCACUUGAGAUGAUGAUGAGCGUCAUAUGCAGCGCGCUCGACAUUCUAGAGUCGUUUGCAUCUGUAGUCGCUGGGCUCGAGAAACCUAAAGAGCUCCAAGAUCCCGCAGGAAGCCCUGGCUCUGCAGAGAAGGAGAAGAGCAGGUUGGCCAGCGAAGCGCCAACCUCGAGCGAGGGAAGCGCUAGUGUCAAGAUGACUCCCGCGUCGAGCGUGAGCGCGACUGGCCCAGGUCACAAGGCUGACCUAGGAAUCAGCACCAAGCUGAAUGCCGAGGCGCCAGAUUUUGUAGUUCACAACCGGGUGAAAUAUCCUCGAGCGCCGAUUGACGUUCGGCCUGACCUGGGUCCAUCAGUGGCGGCUCCUCUCUAUCGUGACCCGAGCCUGUUUGGCCGCUAUCCUUCGCCUUAUACUGCUAACUUCGCGUCUCCGGAUCCAGAUAGUUCGUGGGUUCCUGUGGUAUUCGACCGCCCGACUCCUCGCAACACAUCGACGCCGCCAGAGAAAGAUUGGGAUUCCGACCCAGCUUCCAUCCAGCAACACAUCGACCUCAUCACCUCGAUCCAUGAGCUUCUCGAUAGCUCCACGGCCGACAAUGGGGGCGCUGGGUUGAAAGACCAGAAAGAGCCCGCCCUGCCAACAAAGAUCUCAGCUGCCGUGCUGCGCAAUGCGUGGCCGUGCGCCUUCUGCGGCGUGGAGUGCUUCUGUGGUGGCGAUGGCACUUGGUAAGUGAGAUCCUAUUCCCCUCCUAGUAAAAGUGAAGUGCACCGCGACGAGAUAUUUCGCUUGCCUCGCCCUUGAAUAGGCGUCCUAUGAUGGUGCGCUGAGCUGUGAUGCCGGCGGAGACGCAUCCGAUCACUGCUAGAGAUUCUGGCGUGAUUGCUGGCCCUAGCUAUCCUCAAAUGAGAAUGACUUUCCCCUGAAGAAACCCUCAAAUUGUGAAAAGAGAUGACGGUAAUGACUGUAGGAACCCCGAAUCCAGUGGUGAAAUGAAAAUAAUAAUGAGAUUGACCAGGCAAGAGGUGGCCGCUGGGUGAGGUGAGUUCCCUACGUCAUGUUUAUUUACCUGUGAGCGUGACUCCUCAACCGAUCUAUAUAUUCCGCGUAAAUUGCAGACCCCUCCAUCUACUAAUUGCCCAGCAGCUCAGUUGGUCGGCCACAUCGUGUGUAAGCCCGCGGCCGGAUCGCAGGCAUUAUACCUCCCGAGGUAGCGUUUCACUACCGUCG